GAUAAACUCGUGUCAGAAAAAAUGAUAUCCCUCAACUGUACCCUCUUUCAAAAACCAUUUUCUCCACCGAACCCUAAUCUCAAUUCCCCUUUAGUUUCUCCUAACCAAAUUCGUCACUUCAAUCAUCUCUUUCCCAACAAAAAAAAGAUAAGGUGGGCGAAGGAGAGCCGUUUGGUUAUUGCUAAUGGGGCAGAGAAAGACUCCAGCCAUAGCAGCUCUCAAGAUGAGGAAGUGAAUGAUUUGGGGGUUAAAACUGCAUUGUCUAUGCUCAAGUUCUACAAAAGAGAAAUCUCGCCAUUGUUGCCAAAUAGCUGUCGAUACAUUCCUACAUGCAGUGAGUAUUCCAUGAUUUCUUACAAGAAAUAUGGAGUUGUGAAGGGGACUGUCUUGACUGCUUGGCGUCUCUGUCGCUGUAAUCCUCUGGGAGGAUCUGGCUUUGAUCCCCCGAGAUGGUUUGGUGAGGCAAGUCCACCGGAGCAAUGAGCAUCCUCAUGGUUUUAAAAACCGAGGUUCCUUCAUUAUACAAAUCAUGUUUGCAUCUUCAUAGCAUAGCAGCAUUUUGACAGUAGAUUUUGGUUUUCCUGAUAUUUUUAUCUCUUUUUCUAUUAUAAGUUGCUGCAUUAUUCCUUUGUAGAAAAUGGAAUCAUCCUGACAUCUGAUCAAGUUGAUACAGUAAUAUAUUAUAGAUACUGAGGGGCUGAGAUUGUAAACCAAGUUCUUCGAUCAUCCUAAAUUUUUUGUUCCUGCAACUUUUGUGUAUGAGAACAUAUUAAGAUUUCUCUGAAACUCUAGCUUGUAGCCUUGCCUCAUCAGUCAAAAAAUGGGUGUUGGAAACUGGGGCAAAGAGUUACAUUUCAAGUACAUUAUCCAUUGUUUUAUAUGUAACUAUUACUUGUAAAGCCAAGUUCUUGUCACUCCGAUAUCAUUCUGGAAUGCAACAAUAGAACAAUGUGGCUCGAUUGAA